AUCACUCCCAGGGAAAGGUACACCGUUAUUUAGAUCACAUGUAUGUCAUAUUAUAAUUAGUUUUGAUUUAAGUUAUUCCUUUAGAGAGAAUGAGUCAAGCAGCUGGCAAUGACGGACAGGCGGUCCUAGAGGGGGAGCCUGAGCACGUGAGCGUGCACACUGAAGCGUCGAGCUUCACACCUCAGCAGGCCUCCGAGCAGGCGGUCCCGGGCGUGGGCCCUAUACCGGAAGCCAUCCCUAUCGUCCAGCCGCAGUUCGCUGCUAACUUCAUGAACUUCCUCCAGCAGAUGGCUGGAGCUUACGUGCCACCACCGCUACCACCGCCGCCACCAGGGGCGGUGGUCACCAUCAAGAAGCUCCAGAAGAAUGGAGCUGAGGAAUUCUUGGAGUACAUUCCGGAGCACUUCGUUGAGGCGAAGCGAGAGGAGUUCCUGAAAUUCACUCAGGGUGAACUCACACUGUCGGAGUAUCGUCAGAAGUUUGACGAGCUCGCGGGAUUUGGGAAAGACCUCGUCCCAACCAUGGAGAAGCGGUGCAAGCGCUUCGUGGAGGGCCUACGCCCCGACUUAUCAGCCCAUUUGAUCACUGCCCCUCGGGUUGACAUCAACGCUUUGUUCAAACACGCGUUGGACAUGAAUGCAGCUCUGACAAUGACGGACAUGAGGUCGAGCUUCACACCUCAGCAGGCCUCCGAGCAGGCGGUCCCGGGCGUGGGCCCUAUACCGGAAGCCAUCCCUAUCGUCGAACCGCAGUUCGCGGCUAUCGUCAUGAACUUCCUCCAGCAGAUGGCUGGAGCUUACGUGCCACCACCGCCACCACCGCCGCCACCAGUGGCGGUGGUCACCAUCGAGAAGCUCUGGAAGAAUGGAGCUGAGAAAUUCUUGGGCGAUCAGAUCGCCGACCCCAUGAUUGCCAAACGGUGGUUUGAGCGAACCAUCCGAGUGUUGGGGAACCUGAGGGUUCCACAGGAGCAAUGUGGCGACCUCGCAGUCGCAUUACUUCCGGAUUCCGCCUACGACUGGUGGAAGCGUGUAGGAGCAGACGUCCUGGAGCCCGUGCAGUGGGCCACAUUUGACCGACUCUUCCAUGAAGAGUACAGCCCUGAGCACUUCGUCGAGGCAAAGCGGGAGGAGUUCUUGAAGUUCACCCAGGGUGAACUCACACUGCCUGAGUAUCGUCAGAAGUUUGACGAGCUCGCGGGGUUUGGGCAAGACCUCGCACCGACUGUGGAGAAGCGAUGCAAACGCUUCUUGGAGGGUUUACGUCCCGACCUUUCGACCCAUCUGAUCAUUGCUCCCCGGAGUGACAUCAACGCGUUGAACAAGAAUGCGUUGGAUUUGAAUGCGGCCCUCAUCAAGAAGGCUGAGUAUGAGCAGACGCUGGGAGCGUCAACGGCACCAUCUCGUCCUCCUUCACCCCAGAAGGCGGGGACUAGCAGCAAGAGGUCCUUUGCAGCGCCGAGCAGCUCUCACCAGAGCAAGAAGGUGAAGUCAGCCCUAGCUCAGUCAUCUGCGUCCGUACAAAAGAAGGGCAAGAGCGGAGAUGGGUUUCGCAACCCGAUUUGCGACCAUUGUGGGCACAGGCACCCAGGGGACUGUUGGUACACUCUUGGCUUGUGCCUUGGGUGUGGCCAGGCCGGGCAUUUCCGAAAAGAUUGUCCGAAGAAUCCGGGUGAGGCAUUCUCGACCGCACCAGCCGCUUCAGCCCCAGCAGCGCAGCCCGCCCGGAGUCAGAAGUCGGCGGCAGCAUCUAGCCAGCCCAAGCAGCUGGCAUCUGGCGCUCAGGAGGGGAAGGCCCCGGCCCGUACUUACACGAUGCGAGGGCGUACCGAGCAGCCAGCCCAUGACGUCAUCAUGGGCAUGGAUUGGCUCACUGCCAACCAAGCCGUUGUUGACUGUGGAGCUCAUACUGUUCGACUGAGAGCCGAAGACGGUAGUGACGUACUGAUCCAUGGUGAGCUUCUUCCGAAAGCUCCAGAAUUCAUUUCCUAUAUUCAUGCUCGUCGACUCAUACGCAAGAAGUGUGAAGCAUUCUUGUGCACAGUGCGUGACACUCGUCAGGAGGCGCCUAGUAGGGGGGACAUCCCUACGCCUACAUUACAGCAGCAGAUAGCAUCAGCCCAGAGCAGCGAUGAUUUCUGUAUCCAUACCGUUGAGCUCGUCUCUCGAGGAGAGAAGCCGGAUUUCGCAGUUCGUGAGGGUAUCUUGUACUAUCGGGAGCGUAUGGUUGUGCCAGCGGGGGAGAAGAUGAACAAUCUAGCAGAUGAUAUGAAGGAACGUGACAAGACACGGGAUAGUCAACUCCAACAAGUGUUUAAACAACUUGGAGUUAGAGAACAUGGGAACCUCCCAGCUACCACUGAACCAAACCCACGGGAGCAACUUCGGGCAAUAACUUUGAGAAGUGGUAAGGAGCUUCAAGACCCAGAAGUCGAAGUCAAUAUAGAUGAAGUACCCGUGGAUAACCCUAUAGGAACAACCCCGCAAAAGAAAAAUGAAUCCACGCCCCAAGGAGCGGGAAAGGAAGAUACCUCUUCUAGCCAAACCCUACCAACCAAGCAAGCUCAGCUAAACACUAUCCCUUUUCCUACUAGGGUGAAAAAGAACAAAGAUGAAAAGGCUUUCCAAAAGUUUCUCGAUGUCAUUGGCCAAGUUGAGGUCAAAAUGCCUUUGGUAGGUGUGUUAACUGAAAUGCCCAAAUAUGCUGAUACAGUCACACUUGAUGAGAAUCUUAUGUACGAGGAGGAGCCGGUUGAGAUUCUGGCUCGCAAAGUCCGUCAGUUGAGGAACCAAACCAUUCCGCUGGUCAAGGUUCUGUGGAGAAGUCACACCGUCGAGGAGGCGACAUGGGAGACCGAGGAAUCCAUGCGCAUUCGUUAUCCACAUCUUUUCAGUGACCAGUGAUCAGGUAAAUUUCGAGGACGAAAUUUUCUUAAGGGGUGGAUAAUUGUAACGCCCUGCAACCCGGUCUAAUAGAAUUGGUUAAUUUAAUUAAUCAAUAACUGUUCCGGAC